CGCAGGAUGAAGCUGAAGAAGCAGGUGACGGUGUGCGGGGCGGCCAUCUUCUGCGUGGCCGUCUUCUCCCUCUACCUGAUGCUCGACCGCGUCCAGCAUGACCCCGCGCGCCGCCAGGACGGGGGCAACUUCCCGCGGAGCCAGAUUUCCGUGCUGCAGAACCGCAUCGAGCAGCUGGAGCAGCUGCUGGAAGAGAACCACGAAAUCAUCGUCCACAUCAAGGACUCUGUGCUGGAGCUGACCGCCAACGCCGAGGGGCAGCCCGUCCUCCUGCCCUUCCACAUGCCCAACGGCUCCUGGAUGCUGCCCCCGGAGAGCCGCCCCAGCUUCUACGCCGUCUCCUCCCAGGACUGCCAGUUUGGCCUGGGACCCAAGGCCCCCCAGACAGACCUGCAGAUGCUGGCUGUGGCCGCGUUGCUCCCGUACGACAACCAGGAUGGGGGUGUGUGGAAACAAGGCUUCGAUAUCACCUAUGAGCCCAAUGAAUGGGACACGGAGCCACUGCAAGUCUUUGUGGUGCCACAUUCCCACAACGACCCAGGCUGGAUCAAGACCUUUGACAAAUACUACUUCGACCAGACGCAGCACAUCCUGAACAGCAUGGUGGUGAAGCUGCAGGAGGACCCGAGGCGGCGCUUCAUCUGGUCCGAGAUCUCCUUCUUUUCCAAGUGGUGGGACAACAUCAGUGCCCAGAAACGGGCUGCCGUCCGCAGGCUGGUGGGCAACGGGCAGCUGGAGAUGGCAACCGGCGGCUGGGUGAUGCCCGAUGAAGCCAAUUCCCACUACUUUGCCAUGAUUGACCAGCUCAUUGAGGGGCACCAGUGGCUGGAGAAGAACCUCGGAGUGAUGCCACGCUCCGGAUGGGCAGUGGAUCCUUUUGGGCACAGCUCCACAAUGCCGUAUCUGCUGCGCCGUGCCAACCUGACCAGCAUGCUCAUCCAACGGGUCCACUACGCCAUCAAGAAGCACUUUGCGGCCACCCAAAACCUGGAGUUCAUGUGGAGGCAAAGCUGGGACACAGACUCCAGCACAGACAUCCUCUGCCACAUGAUGCCCUUCUACAGUUACGAUGUGCCCCACACGUGCGGCCCUGACCCCAAGAUCUGCUGCCAGUUUGACUUCAAGCGUCUGCCGGGGGGCCGCAUCAACUGCCCCUGGAAAGUGCCCCCCAAGGCCAUCACAAGUGCCAACGUGGCGGAGCGGGCGCUGCUGCUGCUGGACCAGUACCGCAAGAAGUCCAAGCUCUACCGCAGCCGAGUGCUGCUGGUGCCCCUCGGGGACGACUUCCGCUACGACAAGCCCCAGGAGUGGGAUGCCCAGUUCUUGAACUACCAGCGCCUCUUUGACUACCUCAACGCCCACCCGGACCUCCAUGUGCAGGCGCAGUUUGGAACUCUCUCGGAUUACUUCGAUGCCCUUUACAAGCGGGUGGGCAUCGUGCCUGGCGUGCGCCCCGCUGGCUUCCCCGUGCUGAGUGGGGAUUUCUUCUCCUACGCGGACCGAGAGGACCACUACUGGACAGGCUACUACACCUCGCGGCCCUUCUACAAGAGCGUGGGGCGGGUGCUGGAGGCCCACCUCAGGAGUGCCGAGAUCCUGUACAGCCUGGCUGUGAGCCACGCCCGCCAUGCGGGCAUGGACAGCAGGUACCCGCUGUCAGACUAUGCCAUGCUGACCGAUGCGCGACGCAACCUGGGCCUCUUCCAGCAUCAUGAUGCCAUCACGGGCACGGCCAAGGAGGCGGUGGUUGUGGACUAUGGUGUCAGGCUCCUCCACUCCCUCAUGAACCUCAAGCGAGUCCUCAUCAAUGCUGCACACUACCUGGUCCUGGGUGAUAAGGAGGCCUACCACUAUGACCUGGCAGUGCCCUUCCUUGGCCCAGACGAGACGCGCCUCAACCAGGACUCCUUGCCGGAGAAAACGGUCCUCAAGCUCGAUGCCGCACCCAGGUUUGUGGUUGUGUUUAACCCCCUGGAGCAGGAGCGCCUGAGCGUGGUGUCCCUCCUGGUGAACACGCCUCGCAUCCGCGUCGCCAAUGAAGAGGGGCAGCCUCUGGCCGUGCAACUCAGCGCCUGGUGGGCUUCUGCCACCGACAUGGCCCCUGAGGUCUACCAGGCGUCCAUCAUGAUCCGACUGCAGCCGCUGGGGCUUACGGUCCUGCAAGUCAGCAAGUCUUUUGACAGCCACAACACUCUCCGGUCCUCCGUGCGCCUCUACCUGCACGGCCGUGACCUCCCCGUGCGCAAACAUGAGGCCUUCCCGGUGCGCAUUGUCCCUGCGGCCCCCGAGGACUACUGCCUGGAGAACCAGCAGAUGCGGGCCUGCUUCUUGGGGCCCAGCGGCUUGCUCAAAAGCGUGCAUCAGGUCGGGGAGCAGCAAGCGCGGAGGCUGCAGAGCCAGUUCCUCAUCUACGGGACCCGGAGCACCAAGGACAAAAGCGGGGCCUACCUCUUCCUGCCGGAUGGAGAGGCCAAGCCCUACAUGCCCAAGGACCCUCCCGUGGUCCGGGUGACGGAGGGCCCCUUCUUCUCAGAGGUGGCCGUCUACUACCAGCACGUCCAGGAGGUGGUGCGGCUCUACAACCUGCCAGGGGUCGAUGGGCUUUCCCUGGAGAUUUCCUGCCUGGUGGACAUCCGUGACCACGUCAACAAGGAGCUGGCGAUGCGUUUCAGCACCGACAUCGAGAGCAAGGGGGCUUUCUUCACCGACUUGAACGGCUUCCAGAUUCAGCCCCGGCAGUACCUGAAGAAGCUCCCGCUGCAGGCCAACUUCUACCCCAUGCCAGUCAUGGCCUACAUCCAGGACAGACAGAGCCGCCUGACCCUCCACACCGCCCAGGCCUUGGGGGCCUCCAGCCUCAGCAGCGGCCAGCUGGAGGUGAUUCUGGACCGGCGCCUCAUGCAAGAUGACAACCGGGGCCUUGGGCAGGGCUUGAAGGACAACAAGCGCACCUGCCACCGCUUCCGCCUCCUCCUGGAGGGGCGCAGCCCUGCUGAGACGAGCUCCGGCUUCCUUUCCAAACUGGCCUCCAUGGUUAGAGACUGGGUCUAUUCCAGCAGCAGGGCCGAUGGCCAACAGGCCCAGGCCAGCCGGCCGGUGAGCUUCCCGUCUCUGCUCAGCCACAUGACUUCCCUGCACCUCAACAGCGAGGUGAUGGUGCUGCCUGUCGCCCAGGAGAAGCUGCCGCCUCCUCCGGCCCUGCGCUCCUUCCAGCCCUUCUCGGCCACUCUGCCCUGUGACUUCCACCUUCUCAACCUGCGCACGCUGCAAGGGGAGGACGAUUCGCUGCCCUCCACGGAGAUGGCUCUGAUCCUGCACCGCAAGGGCUUUGACUGCGGCCUGGAGGCCAGGAGCCUGGGCUUCAAUUGCACCACCACCCAGGGCACGCUGCCUCUAGGGAGCCUCUUCCAGGGCCUCGAGGUGGCCUCUCUGCAGCCCUCCUCCUUGACCUUGAUGUACCCGCUGGCCCCGGCUUCCGCUAACAGCACAGUCGUCCACCUGGACCCCAUGGAGAUCGCCACCUUCCGCCUUCGCCUGGGAUAAGGCC